GCGCUAGAGGGAGCUGCUCGCCGCGCCGCCUCCGCCGCGCCGGCCCCCCGCGCCCGCUGUCCGGAGCGCCGCCCCAGCCCGCGCCGCCGCGAUGGCGGAGGACAGCGAGUCCGCGGCCAGCCAGCAGAGCCUGGAGCUGGACGACCAGGACACGUGCGGGAUCGACGGGGACAAUGAGGAGGAGACGGAGCACGCCAAGGGAAGUCCCGGAGGUGAUUUGGGUGCCAAAAAGAAAAAGAAGAAACAGAAGAGAAAAAAGGAGAAACCGAAUUCCGGAGGCACCAAGUCAGACUCGGCAUCUGAUUCCCAGGAGAUUAAAAUUCAGCCGCCUUCCAAAAAUCCUACCAUUCCAAUGCAGAAGUUGCAGGAUAUCCAGAGGGCAAUGGAGCUGUUAUCCGCAUGCCAGGGCCCCGCCAGGAACAUUGAUGAGGCUGCCAAACACAGAUACCAGUUUUGGGACACGCAGCCGGUACCCAAACUAAAUGAAGUAAUAACAUCUCAUGGCGCAAUUGAAGCUGAUAAAGAAAACGUGCGUCAAGAACCGUAUUCCCUGCCGCAGGGUUUUAUGUGGGACACUUUAGAUUUGGGUAACGCCGAAGUGCUCAGGGAGCUGUACACGCUGCUGAAUGAGAAUUACGUGGAAGAUGACGACAACAUGUUCCGGUUUGACUAUUCGCCCGAGUUCCUGCUGUGGGCUCUGCGGCCCCCAGGCUGGCUCCUCCAGUGGCACUGUGGAGUCAGGGUGUCUUCGAACAAAAAACUAGUGGGGUUCAUCAGCGCCAUUCCCGCGAACAUUCGGAUCUACGACAGCGUGAAGAAGAUGGUCGAAAUCAACUUUCUUUGUGUUCAUAAGAAACUGAGAUCAAAACGGGUAGCCCCAGUGUUGAUUCGAGAAAUAACCAGAAGAGUGAACCUGGAAGGGAUUUUCCAGGCCGUUUAUACCGCUGGAGUGGUUCUUCCGAAGCCAGUGGCCACAUGCAGAUACUGGCAUCGAUCACUAAACCCCAGAAAAUUGGUAGAAGUGAAAUUUUCUCACUUGAGUAGAAAUAUGACUUUGCAGAGAACAAUGAAGCUGUACAGACUUCCGGAUGUUACAAAAACUUCAGGCUUGAGGCCAAUGGAACCAAGAGAUAUCAAAGCUGUUCAAGAACUAACCAACAGUUACCUGAAGCAGUUUCAUCUAGCCCCGGUGAUGGAUGAAGAGGAAGUAGCCCACUGGUUCCUCCCCCAAGAGCACAUCAUUGAUACUUUUGUAGUGGAGAACUCCAGUGGUAAACUAACUGACUUCCUGAGCUUCUACACGCUCCCCUCCACAGUCAUGCAUCACCCCGCUCACAAGAGCCUCAAAGCCGCCUACUCCUUCUACAAUGUCCACACAGAGACGCCGCUGCUGGACCUCAUGAAUGACGCGCUUAUCAUCGCCAAGCUGAAAGGAUUUGAUGUAUUCAAUGCGCUAGAUUUGAUGGAAAAUAAGACAUUCUUGGAAAAACUCAAGUUUGGCAUAGGCGAUGGCAAUUUACAGUAUUACUUGUACAACUGGAGGUGUCCAGGGACAGAGUCCGAAAAGGUUGGACUCGUAUUACAGUAGAUGGAUAUUUCUAUUUCUAGAACUCUGAUGUCAUCAUUUGUUAAUAUCCUAGUUAAUGAUUCCUGGAACUGCCAUUCCAAAGAAUAAAAGCACAACCUAAGUGACAUCGAAGUGUCAGUAACAGAAAAGAUGGAAAAACAUCCACUGGUGACCAAUAGAACACAUUUCUAGCUAGAAUGUUAACAUUCAUCCUUUUUUUCACUGUUGACCCAUUUGUAGGAGGGAUGGAAGGAGGAUACAAAGAGCACAUUCCUCUAAUUUUCAACCUUCUGACUGUCUCUCAAUGAAGAGAAGGUACUUGUCCCUCUCUAGAAAAAUGGGCCGCUUUUCUAUGGAUUGAACAGAAUCACAGAAUCGUGUAAGAAAAUCUUUGCCAUUGUGUGGAGAUAAACUGCUGCCUUUCUGUUUAUUAAGUGGGGGUCUGUGGGUCCAUGUAGCAGAAUGAGGGAGCCAUGUGGAAAGGGCUUACUUAUGUCACUGCACAUGAUCUCAUCGGGAACCUCUAUGGAGCCAGCAUUUCUGUAACGCAGAGAUGAGUGGUGGGUGUUAAAGUGAAGAGUGAGAUAAAAAUGUGCUGGUUGGGGGCUUCCCUGGUGGCGCAGUGGUUGAGAAUCCGCCUGCCAAUGCAGGGGCACGGGUUCGAGCCCUGGUCCAGGAAGAUCCCACAUGCCGCGGAGCAACUAAGCCCGUGCACCACAACUACUGAGCCUGCGCGUCUGGAGCCUGUGCUCCGCAACA